AUACCGCGAUAUUUAAGUAAAACAUAAAUUACGGUUAGUCGUUAAAUUCGAUCGUUUCGAAUCGGCAAGCUGUCGGUGCGAUUCGUACAGUUUUUUUUUUGUUUUUACACACUUAUAUAUAUAUUACGAAAAGAGUUUAAAUUAUUGUGAUUUAAGAUUAUUUUUUAUUCAAUACGUUUAUUCUAUACUUUAGUAGGUAGUGAUUCUGUAAACGAUAGAGCAUAAUAUUAUUAUGACUAAUUUACCUAACGCCAUGUUUGUUUCUUUACUUAUUAUAUUCGUGUCGUCGGCGGAUGUUUUCGGUUAUUAUUUAGCUGAUCUGACUAUACCGAACCCGCGCGAACCGUCAGAAUACAUUUACGAAAAGUGUUUGUCAAUGAACAAAAUUGUCUACGAAGACCGCUGUUGGGACUUGUUGACUAGAGGACCGUGCGAUGAGGGACAGUGGUUGGUAUUGGAAAAAGUGUCAGACGAAGUUCAAUUACAGGAGCCACGUCCGUUGAGAGUCAAAUGCAAGAGACGUAGAUGCAGCGAGUCAGACGUGUACUGGCCACGUGACGGGUUUUGCCACGAUCAGGAAACGGCUCGACGUAAUCGGCUCUGCGCCGAUGCUAACACCGUAUUGGCUAUCGACGAGUACGGCGACGGGUUCUGCAAAUGUUAUGAUGACGGUAAAGUCCCUUACGUACGCGUCAUCAGUUCCGGCAAUGAUGACUAUAACUCGCAGCAGUCUCAACCAUGCUAUCCAGUGUACUCAAAGGGUCCAUGUCCAAUAGAUCACGUGCUAACGCCAUAUGGAGCCAGACACGGCAUUUGUACAGUGGACGAUUGCGCUGAGGAACGCCGCCUGACCGAUUCGUUGUCACUGAUGUCGCAGCGAUCGGGUUUGCAACAACAGCGUUGGCAGCCAACCUCACUCGCCCGCUGGAUCGACGGACAGUGUUAUGAGCUGGGUACACGGGGCCCAUGCACCGGUCAAGAGCAGUUCGCAAUGUCCCGAGCCACGAUGCAGCCGGAUUGUGUCAGACUGUCGGUCGUACUAACAGUAUUACCCAAGACCACAGAUCGUCCGGGAUGCCAAACUGACCACUGGGGAAAUUGCGAGGAAGGGAUAGAAGUGUCGACAACGCCGAAUGAAUUAAAGGACGCAUUACUUAUGAAUGCCAAAAGGUACAGUCAAAAGAUGCAAAUGACACGGUCUAGCCUACGCGAGGUUCGUCGUCAUCUGUAGUUGCGGUGUGUUAGCCAUCGCGUAGGUGUAUCUACUCUGUACGCUGUUUAACCAAGUAUUGUGUUCAAGAUUUUCGUAAGUGGAAGGACUGGUGUUUAAAAUUAAGCGUUAAGAUGGGUCGUUGGAUAAAAAAGUAUUUUCUUCUAGGAAUAUAUUCUACAACAAAAACAAAUAUUAUUUUAAAUUUUUAAUUCAAUUUACGCACGUACAAUAUUAUUUAAUAUUAUAAUUUUUAAUACGGAACACAGUUCAAUAUUUAUAAAAUCAACUUCACGUAGUCUUCUAUUUAUAAACGAUAUAAUAUGAUGUGCUUUAUCCUAAACCCUUCCCUACAAAAAUAAAAGUAUUAGUAUGCCGGUAUUCUAUAUACAAUACACAUACAGUUUUACAAUGUACCUAAUAUAUAUAAUCACCUGUACCCUGUAAGUGUGUCAGUAUGUCUGUGAGUCUGUCAACAACCGUGAUGGUGACGUUGCCGUUAAUAUUUUGAUUUAAAAUGUUACAAGUUUCUUCUUAAUAACUUUGUAUAUAACUCAAAAUGAUCAAUGUUUUGUUAAAGCUCAAUUUCUUUAAUUAAUAAUAAAUCUACAUAGAUUAUAGACUAUAUCUAAUGUCUAGUUAACAUUAAACGUGAUACCUUGUGAUUAUGCUCUUUCUGUUAUCCCACGAGCCUUUGUACAAUUGGUAUAAACUAUCACAGAAAAUUAUUGACCAUUGCAAGAUAAGAAACUACUCGUACAACAAAAUUAUGCACAUUAUAAACAGAUGACUUUUUUUUACUAUUAUAUACCCCUGUCACCACGCAUACUUGGUACAUUUUUAGUCUCUAUGUUUACACAGUUUAUAACACAGUGUAAUUUUAUUUAGACCGCGGCAUGUGUUGAAAGAUUUAGGUAAUUUCGAUAUUUUUGAUUUUUCUUUUCUUAGACUUUCAAUCACAUUUACUGUCUAGUAUUUGUAAUUAGUAUAUUUUAUUAUAUCUACUCGUAUUUUCCAUGAUUUUAAUAAUUUUAUAUUAUAUCUUUAUAGUUAUGAGUAGUUUCUAUAAGAAUAAUAAAUGUAUAAAUGUUUCAAAAAUAUUCCGUUCUCUAUUUCUCUAUUUAAUUAAAAAAAAAAUAAACAAAUUCAAAAUAACUGACAUUAACAUACAUUGUUAAUUGUUAUAAGUACCUAACUAGUAAUUUUUUUAUUCAUUAAAAUGUAAGUGUUUAACUUAUACUUUUCCGGUUUAAAUAAUCUUCCACGCGAUGUAUUUUAAUUAUUACAAUUUAAAAAUGCAUACAUUAUAUUAUACCUUCUAUUAUUAUAUAUACUGGCUAUAUUAUAUAUGACAUCAUACAUAUUACUCCUUAGGUAGAGUAUUCCUAACAUGCUGAGUGUGAGGAAUAGCCAGCGGAAAUGAUUGCUAACUAAAGGGUUUUCUGGCACGCGUCGGACUAUAAUAUUAUAAUAGAAUUGAUUAUACAAAGUAAAUAUUAUAAAUAAAUAAUAAUAGCAAAUUAUGCAGAAGUGGUGGCAGACAGAGAGUAAACCUCUAUAAAAAUUACUAUGACUUAACAUUAAUUUUUUUUAUUACAUUAAAGAAACAUUAAUUAUGAAGAAUCUUGUAUCAGAUUUCCAAACUUAUAAGAUAAUAAUAAUAAAAACCUAUGAAUUUUAUUCUACAAGAUAAUUGCAAAUAUAUGUAACUAAUAAAUUAGGUAACAAUUUUAACUUUGAAUACUUAACUAAAUAAAAUAAUUAAUUUUAUUAUAAAAAACUAGUUUUCCUAAAGAAUUUCUAUUUAUUUCUAAACAUUUCCACUUUUGACAUCCCAAAAAUACCAAUUAGAUCUAAUUUGAUCCCAAAAAACCAACAUAAAUAUUAAAAUAUUUUUUAAUUUAAAUUCAAUUCAUUUAACACUCCACUAUAAGAAUCUAAAAUUAAUUUCUCCCUAACCAUUAUUGACACGCAUCGACUAUCAUUUUCUAGCAGUUGCACUAGCCGUCAAGUGAAGAGUAGCAUAGUCGAGUACGGAGUAGGUAUAUAAAAAUUCGAAUAAUGAAAUAUUUUCAAGUACUAGUACCUAAUUAUAUUGACAAAGUUUAUCAAAAAUUGUAAUAUACUUACGCAUAUACAAUUAUAUUCUUGACUUACACAUGUAUACCUAGUCCAACUCAUAUUAUUACCUAAUAGUAUCUAUUAUAAUAAUUAAACAAGGAUUUCAAAUAUUUCCAUUCGUAUUGUACCUACCCGUUUUAAGAUGGUCUUUUUUAUUUUAUAUAUUAAUGCAAUAUACUUUAUUCAAUAAUUCUAUCGACAAAUAUUUUCAAUAAAAUAAUUUGAUGAUGACGAACAAAACGUAUACACAUAUUAUUAUCAUUAUGGCAUUAUAAUAUUAUAUUAAUUAAUUAAUAUUGCUAGUUUAUAAUUUAUUAUAUAUAUAUUAUAUUGCCCUGCCACAAACCUUAUUUUUUUUUUUUUUUUUACUGAAAAUAUUACAAUUAAGUUAUUUGUAAAAAUUAAAUAUAAUAUGUCUACUUAUAAAAACAUUUAUGUCAUCCCAUUUAUAUUUGAAUAAACAUAAACGUUUUUUAUUACUUUUGUGAAAUAUUAAUGUGAUUUUAAUAUU